CCGAAGUGCUACGGAGGAACCUACACCGUCACUCUGAUUCCCGGAGACGGUAUCGGCCAGGAGACCGCCACCUCGGUGAAGUCGGUGUUUAAGGCGGCCAAGGUGCCUGUUGAGUUUGAGCAGUUUGAUCUGUCCGGAUUCACCUCGGAGAGCGACAACCUGAUGCAGGAGGCCCUGUCGAGCCUGCGCCGCAACAAGGUCGGUCUGAAGGGCAUUCUGUACACUCCGAUCCGCAAGGGCCACAGCUCGUUCAACGUCGCCAUGCGCAAGGAGCUCGACAUCUACGCGUCGGUUGCGCACUGCAAGAACGUUGAGGGCAUCGACGCGCGCCACAAGGACGUCGACUUUGUCAUUAUCCGCGAGAACACCGAGGGCGAGUACUCUGGACUCGAGCACCAGUCGUUCCCGGGCGUUGUCGAGUCGCUGAAGAUCAUCACGCAGUCCAAGACCGAGCGCAUUGCGCGGUACGCGUUCGACUACGCGCUGCGCAACAACCGCAAGAAGGUGACGAUUGUGCACAAGGCCAACAUCAUGAAGCUGGCCGACGGUCUGUUCCUGAACACGUGCCGCGCGGUUGCCAAGGAGUACCCGACCAUUCAGUACAACGACAUGAUUGUCGACAACACUGCGAUGCAGCUGGUCGGCAAGCCGCAGCAGUUUGACGUCAUGGUCAUGCCUAACCUGUACGGUAGCAUUGUCAGCAACAUCGGCGCUGGUCUGAUCGGCGGUCCGGGUAUUGUGCCGGGCGCCAACUAUGGCCGCGAGUUUGCCAUCUUCGAGCCCGGAUCGCGCCACGUCGCCAAGGACAUCCAGGGCCGCAACACCGCCAACCCGUCGUCGCUGAUCCUGUCGUCGGUCAUGAUGCUGCGCCACCUGCAGCUCAACGAGCACGCCGACCAGAUCGAGCGGGCAGUCAGCAAGACCCUGAGCGUCGACGGCAUCAAGACCCCUGACCUCGGCGGCAACUCGUCGACCACCGACUUCACCAAGGCCGUCAUCCGCAACCUCUAA